AUGAUGAUGCACGCCUAUCUCCUCAAGACGGCCUACAUCUACAUGCUGCCCGUCGCCAACUCCCUACUCGCCAACUACGCCAGCCAGCCAUUCGGGGGAUCUGCUUCUGCCUCUAAGCUGUUUGACGAUAUGCCUUUGCGGGACCAUGUCUCCUGGACCUCCAUCAUCAACGCCUACCUCCCAGCCCUAGCUCAGGCCCUCCGCCUCUUCAGGGACGUCCACCUAGGCACCUCAUUGCAUGGCCUCGUCACGCGUCGAGGCCUGCAUGUCGACGUCUUCAACGCCAACUCCCUCAUUCACAUGUACAGCGAGGGCCUCCGAUUGCGCUCUACUCGUAAGGUGUUCGACUCCAUCGCCAACAAGAAUGGCGUGUCCUGGAACACCAUGCUGUCAGGCCUUCUAGGCAAGAAGCUCGCCCACCCCUUGUGCUGCAGGUCAGUACAUGCAGUCACCGUCAGGAAGCUGCUGCUCAUGGCCAGUGUUUUGUUGCUCAACGCCUUGCUCGAUGUCUAUGCCAAGUGCGGCCUCGUUAAGCACGCGCUCAGGCUCUUCCGGCGGAUGCCAUUCCUAAAUAGGAACCUCAUUUCCUGGAGCACUGUCAUUGCUGCCUGCACGCGUAAUGGCAAGCCCCAUGAGGCCAUCACGUGCUUCGCCACCAUGCGAGAGGCUGGGCAGAGGCCCAACUCCAUUACGAUGCUAAGCCUCCUGGAAGCGUGCGCCAACCGUGCGGAGAUGAGGGCAUCGAGGUGCGCUUAUGGCAUGGUGCUCAGGAGUGGCAUGGCCUUGGAGCAAGGCAUGGGCAACACCCUUGUGGACAUGUACGACAAGUGUGGCGAUCUCGCUGAAGCGAGAAGAGUGUUCAAUGCGAUGCUCGUUAAAGAUGUCCUGUCUUGGAACUCCAUGAUCGGCGCGCUGGGUAUGAACGGCCGUGCCUUGGAUGCCCUUGCCCUUCUCGGAAAUAUGGAGUGA